UCGCCCGCCACUGUUGUCGUUGAUGCGCAACAACAGCAGCGCGCCACAGGUCUAUUUUGGAAAGGAGGCUGCGCCAAAGCAGGCGCGUCAGCGAUCUGCAUCAUGAGCACCGGAGGAGAAAGAAAACACGCGUCUAGUCCGCCGCCCUCCUGCGGGAUGUUCCUCCUGCCUGAAUCCGCCGCCGUUUAGUGGAGAUCUCAGCGCUUCAUUCUACCGUGGGAUUUACGAGGGGAACCUGUGGCGCGGAGGGGCCCACGUGCUGCACCUGAGUGGCUGAAGACUCCAGGACAAACGAUGGAUCCAAACCUGUUUGGGGGGGCCCCCAGAUUCCUGAGCCGCCCCAAGGCUUUCGCCGUGUGCGUGGGCAAGGACGCCUCGCUCAGCUGCACCAUUGUGGGCAGCCCGACUCCACUCAUCACCUGGGAGAAAGAGAAGCUGAAGCUCACGCCCGGGGGCCGCUUCAAAACCGUGGAGGACGGAGAUGUGUACCGCCUCACCAUCUACGACCUGACGCUGGAGGACAGCGGCCAGUACAUGUGCCGGGCCAAAAACACGGUGGGCGAGGCCUACGCCGCCGUGACCCUGAAGGUGGCGCUGCCGGCCGAGCUGGCCCAGAGGGCCCCCGUCUUCCUGCUCAAGCCCACCUCGGCCCGCGUGGUUCUGGGGGGCGACGUGCUCUUCCACUGCCGCGUGGCCGCGCACCCCGAGGCCAACUUCGACUGGGAGAAAGACGGCCGCUACCUGGGGGAGUCCAACCGCGUCAAGGUGCUGUCCGACAGCGACGGCAGCACCCUGAAGAUCCAGAGCGUCCGCAGCCUGGAUGCCGGCACCUACACCUGCAGGGCCCAGAACCCGGUGGGCCGGGCUCAAGCCGCCGCCACGCUGGCUGUGGACCCCCAGGACGCCCGGCAGGUGGGUGGCGACCAGCACACCUCCCUGCUGUCCCACCUGCAGAAACGCAAGGAGGAGAUGAAGAAGGACAUCUCCAUCUUCCGCACCCAAGACGUGUCGGACGCCAGUCAGGCGCUUGAGACGAGGUCGUCGGCGCUGGCCGCGCUGCCCAAGGGCGUCUUCACCCGGACCUGCACGGUGACGGAGGGCAAGCACGCCAAGCUCAGCUGCUUCGUGACGGGCCACCCCAAACCUCACAUCAUCUGGAGGAAAGAUGGCGCCAACAUCAGCGAGGGCCGCCGCCACCUCAUCUAUGAGGACCAGGCCGAGAACUUCAUCCUGAAGAUCCUGUACUGCAAGCAGGCUGACAACGGCCUCUACACCUGCAACGCCACCAACAUGGCCGGCCAGACCUACAGCGCCGUGCUGGUCACCGUCAAGGAGCCCAAAGUGCCCUUCAGGAGGAAGCUCCAGGACGUGGAGGUGCAGGAGAAGACCUCUGCCACGCUGAUGUGUGAGGUGCCUUCCACCUUGAGCCAGACCAACUGGUUCAUGGAGGAGACGCGGCUGGAACAGAACCUGAAGUACCGCAUGGAGGAGAGAGGAACGCUGCGCAGCCUCACCAUUCACAACGUCACCACCAACGACGAUGGCGUGUACAUCUGUGAAAUGAAGGAAGGGAGUCGCACGGUGGCUGAGCUCACGGUUCUGGGCAACAUCACCAAGAAGCUUCCUCGGAGGACGGUGGUCCCGGUGAGUGACACGGUCAUCUUCUGCGUGGAGCUGGAGCAUCCCUGCGCCGACGCCUACUGGACACGCGACGGCAACAGGCUGAAGGCCGACGGCCGGGUGGCCGUGGCCUGUGCGCUCAGGCAGUACACGCUCACCAUCAGAGACUGCCGAGCCGACGACUCCGGAGAGGUGGCCUUCGUGGCCGGAGACUGCAAGACCUCCACCAGAUUCACAGUCACUGCUGCCAGGAGGCAUCCUCCCGAUCCCCCUGCGGACGCCGCGGUGCAGAACAAGACGGCCUCCUCCCUCACGCUGCGCUGGUCCCCUCCCGACAGCGACAGGCCUGUGCCCAUCAAGGGCUACCUGGUGGAGAGGCGCAAGGUCGGCGCUCAGACAUGGCAGCGCUGCAACGCUGGAGAGGCUCUUCUCUCCACUGAACUCACCAUCAGCAACUUCGCUGAAGAAGCCAGCUACCAGUUCCGGCUCUCUGCUGUCAACGACUUUGGCCAGAGUCCCUACCUGGAGGUCCCGGGCAGCUUCUACCUAGAGCCCACGGCCGAGGUGAAGAGAGGCCUGAGCGACAGCAGCGCUGUGGCUGGCGAGGAGCUCUCCGUCUCUGUGGAGCUCUCCGCCGUCUGCUCCGGCUCCUGGUCCAUGAACCAGCGCCUCCUGCGCAGCGGCGCCGACUACCUCAUCACCAGGUCCAAGAACACGCACACCUUGCUGAUCCGUGUGGUGACGGCCCAGAUGAACGGGGCCACGCUCCACUUCACCGGUGGCGGCUCUCAGAGCUCCUGCACUUUAAGCGUGAAGGCCCCCGCUGUCAGGUUCACCAAUCGGUCGGAACAGCGGGAGGUGACCUGCGGCGCCCAAGCUUCGGCUCAGCUGACUGCAGAGGUGUCGGAUUACGAGGCGCAGGUGGUUUGGAUGAGAAAUGGCAGAGAACUCAAAAUGGGCAAGAAGUAUGAAAGUCUGGUGGUGGACCGCAGGAGAAUCCUGCUGGUGAACAACGUGACAGAAGAAGACGUGGGCACCUACGAGUGCGUCCUGGCCGAGGACAGAAUGUCCCUCAAACUGGCCCUGAAAGACGAACCCGCCAAGUUCCUCAACAAGGCCCGAGGUCCUGUCGCCAUGUCCUCCUGCCUCAAAGGAGAUCUUGAGCUGACCUGCCAAGUCUCCCCGGUCGGCGCCGCCGUCGUGUGGAGGAAAGACCAAGUGGAGAUCACAGAGGACCAAAGAACCGUGAUGGUGUCCAAAGGAACUCAAAGGAAGCUGAUCAUUAAAAAUGCUAAGAAGAGCGACGAAGGGCACUACUCCUGCGAGACGGCCGCCGAUAAAGUCACAUUCCAGGUCAAGAUUAAAGAAACCCAAGCGCAGGCGGUCUUCUCCAACAAGGACUCAGUCCAGAGGGAGGUGACGGCCACGCUCUCCCAAAAAGCCCAUCUCUCCUGCUCCGUGUCUGACAGCAAGACAGAGGUGAAGUGGUACAAAGAUGGCAAGCGGCUGGUCUCCAGCAGGUCGCUCUACUCGGAAGUGAAGGACUGCAGCCGAACCUUGGUGUUUGAGAAGGUUGAGAAGAGCGACAGCGGGGAGUACACCUGUGAAGCCGGAGGGGAGAAGCUGGUCUUCAAGAUCCACGUGUCGGAGUCCCAGCCUGUGUUCCUCCACAAAGACUCCGUCCAGAGGGACGUUAAAGCUGUGGUCGCUCAGAAAGCCACCCUGAGCUGUGAGGUCUCCGAGCCCAGCAGCCAAGUCAAGUGGUACAAAGACGGCAAGCUGCUGACGUCCAGCAAGACGGUCCACACCGAGUCCAGGGGAAAGACUCGGCAGCUGGUCCUGGACCGCGUGGAGAAGAAGGAUGCUGGAGAGUACAGCUGCGAGGCUGGCACUGAGAAGCUGGUUUUCAACAUCACUGUCACAGACGCUGCAUCCGCCUUCUCCAACCAAGAGUCUGUGCAGAGGGAGGUGAAGGCCAGUCUGUCGCAGAGGGCCAUCAUCAGCUGCGAGGUGGCUGACGCCAGGACUGAAGUGAAGUGGUACAAAGACGGCAAGGCGCUGGCGUCCAGCAAGACGGUCCGCGCCGAGUCGACGGCCAAGAGCCGGCAGCUGGUGAUCGACAGUGUGGAGAGGAAGGAUGGCGGGGAGUACGUCUGUGAGGCGGGCUCCGACAGGAUGACCUUCAGACUCCAGGUGGCAGAGGUUCAGACCACAUCAGCCUUCUGCAAUAAAGAGGCAGUGGAGCGGCAGGUGACAACUGCUGCAGCUCAGAGAGCCACGCUGACCUGUGAGGUGUCUGACCCCAAGACGGAGGUGAAGUGGUACAAAGAUGGAAAGCUCAUGACGUCUAGCAAGGCUGUGCACAUGGAGUCCAAGGAGAAGGUUCGCCAGUUGGUGUUGGAGAGAGUGGAGAAGAAGGACGCCGGAGAGUAUGUGUGCUCCUCAGGGACAGAGAAGAUGAGCUUCCUCGUCUGUGUGGAAGAAACCAAAGAUCGAUCUGCUUUCCUCAACCAAGAGGCCGUCCAGAAGGAACUCAAAGCCUCGCUCUCCCAGAAAGCCACUCUGAGCUGCGAGGUAGCUGAUGCCAAGACGGAGGUGAAAUGGUUCAAGGACGGCACGCUGCUCACUUCCACCAGGGCAGUUCAGAUGGAGUCCAAGGGCAAGAGCCGCCAGCUGGUGAUCAGCAGUGUGGAGAAGAAAGAUGCUGGGAAAUACAGCUGCCAAGUCGGGACAGAGAAAGUGGCCUUCAACCUUCAGGUUGCAGAAGCUGCUCCGACUUUCUGCAACCAGCACUCAGUCCAGAAGGAGGUGAGAGCCACGGUGUCUGGGAGAGCCGUCCUCUCCUGUGAGGUGUCUGAUCCCAAGACGCUGGUGAGGUGGUGCAAAGAUGGCAAGCAGCUCUCGGCCAGCGGGACGUUACACUUGGAAUCGAAGGAGCGAGUCCGACGGUUGAUCAUCGACGGUGUGGAGAAGAAGGACGCUGGCGAGUACGUCUGCGAAGUGGGAAGUGAGAAGCUGGCUUUCACAAUCCAGGUGGCAGAACCUCCCGCUGCCUUCUCUAAGGCUGCAUCAGUCCAGACAGAGGUGAAAGCGACGCUGUCCAAGAAGGCCACCUUGAGCUGUGAGGUCUCCGAUUCCAAAACAGAGGUCAAAUGGUACAAAGACGGGAAACCGCUGACGUCCGGCAGCAACGUCCACAUGGAGUCGAAGGGAAGGAGUCGGGAGCUGGUCAUCCAGAAAAUGGAGCGAGGGGACGCGGGUGAAUACACGUGUGAGGCCGGGUCUGAGAAGCUGCUCUACAAGCUGCAGCUGACAGAAACGCCGGUCAAGUUCCAGAAGAAGCUUGUCAAGGACACGUGUGUGAUUGAAGCAAGUGAGAACAUCGUGCUGACCACUGAAGUGACCGCAGAGAGCGCCAACGUCAGGUGGUUCAGGGAUGGAGUGGAGCUGAAGAAGAGCAGCAAGUAUGAAAUGAAGAAGGAGGGACUCUCACACACGCUGAUCGUCAAGUCGUCCGAGUCCAAGGACAGCGGCGCCUACACCUGCCAGACGGCUGACGACAGUCUCACCUUCAAAGUCCAGGUCAAAGAGGCCGCGGUGAAGUUUGUCGUCCCUUUGAAAGAAGCUGCAGUUGAGUUGGGAGGGACGCUGAGUCUGGUGUGUGAAUUGAGCCGAGCGUCGGGGGAUGUCGUCUGGUACUGCAACGGUGCUGAGGUGAAGCCUGGUGGCAGGUUCUGUAUCAGGACCGAGGCGGCCAAGCGGGUCCUCACGCUGACCGGCAUGACCAAGGAGGAUGAAGGGCUUUACAGCUGCGAGUGCAAAGAUGACAAGACCUCUGCUAAGGUCACCUCGAAAGCGCCCAGAUCAGUCAGACUGACGGCUAAGCUGAACAACGUCGCCGCCACCGAGGGCAAAGACGCCGUGUUCAAGUGCAGCGUGAGCCCGGCAGACGCCACGGUGAGGUGGUUCCACAACAGCGCCCCCAUCAGCGCUGGCUCCAAGUACAAAGUGGAGCACAGGGGCGGCACCCACUCCGUCACGGUCCUGUCCGUCACCCAGAGAGACGCCGGAGAAAUCAGCGUCGACGCCGAGGGCAAGUGCUGCAAAGCCAACCUUCAAGUUGAGCACGAGCCUGUGAUGUUUAAGAAGAAGCUGGAGAACCUGACGGUGGAGGAGCAGAGUGAAGUCCGAUUGGAGGUGGAGCUCAGCAAGCCAUCUGAAGAGGUCCGGUGGAUGAAGAACGGCGUGGUGCUGCAGCCCGCGGGUCACCUGACCAUCCAGGUGGAUGGAGCCAAGCAGGCUCUGGUCUUCAAGAGUGUGACGUACGCCGACCGUGGCCUCUUCUCCUGUGAGACCUUGGACGACAAGACCCAGGCCAAGCUCACAGUAGAAAUGAAGAAAAUCCAGAUCACGAAAGGCCUGAUGGAGACCAAGGCUCACGAGUCUGAGACCGUCACUCUGGAGGUGGAGCUCAGCCAGGCGGACGUGGAGGCCUCCUGGACGAGGGACGGAACCAAACUGAAAGCCGGACCAGACUGCAGAAUCUCGGCCCUGGGGAAGAAGCACGCCGUGACGCUGUCAAACCUCAGGAGAGAAGACAGCGGAACGGUGGCCUUCCAGGCGGAGGGGGUCCAUUCCUCCUGCAGGCUCAUUGUUACCGAGCCUCCUGCUAUGAUCUCCAGUCCCAUCCUGGAUGUCAGCGUUCCUGAGAAGGAGAAAGCCACCCUUGAAUGUGAAGUGUCCCGAGCCAACGCAGAGGUCACGUGGUUCAAGGGCGAUGUGGAGCUGAAGCCGGGGAAGAACUUUGGCAUCCACUCGCAGGGCCGCAAACGCACCUUGAUCGUCAACAGGUGCCUCCCAGAAGACGCAGGAACGUACAUCUGCCGCACCGCUGACGACAACACCUCAGCCAAACUCACCGUGCAUGCCAGGGACAUCAAGAUUGUUAAGAAGCUGGAGGAUGUCGAGGCCACGGAGAAAGAGAGCGCCGCCUUUGUCUGCGAGGUCUCCCACGACGAGGUGCAGUGCCAGUGGUACAAGGGAAACGCCAAGCUGAGAGUCAAUGACAACAUCAAGAUGAGACAAGAAGGCAGGACCUUUGUGCUGCUGUUCAAGAGUGUGUCCAUAGAUGAUGUUGGUGAGAUCAAGUUCACCGCCGAGAAGGCCUCGUCGGUCGCUAAACUCAGGGUCAAAGAGUUGCCCGUGAAGUUUGUGAAGAAGCUCCGGGACAAGAUAGCCAUGUACAAGCACCGCGGCCAUCUGGAGUGCCAGGUGUCACGGGCCAGCGCCAAGGUGAGGUGGUACAAGAACAAGCUGGAGCUGAAGCCCAGCAAGAAGUACGAGAUCCAGAGUCAAGACGUGUACCGCAAGCUCACCAUCAACGAUGUGGACUCUGGUGACGAGGACACGUACACGUGCGACGCAGACGACGACAAGACGUCCUGCAAACUGCUGGUGGAAGAACAGUCCAUCAGCAUCGUGAAAGAGUUGAGUUCCGUGGAGGUGACGGAACCGUUUGCUGCCGUCUUCGAGGUUGAAAUCAGCAUGGAGCUAGUCAAACCUCCAAUCUGGACGCUGAGCGGAGCCGCCGUGCAGGAAGGUGCCGACACAGAGCUGGAGAAAGAAGGGACGCUGCACCGGCUCACGUUCAAAAAGACCCGAGCUUCCAUGACGGGGCCCGUGCAGUUCACGGCCGGCAAGAGCAAGUCUCACGCUCAGCUCACAGUCAAAGAGCGCCCCCUAGAGGUGGCUGAGCCCAUCAAAGACGUGAAGGCGAAGGAGAAGAGCUCGGCCAUGCUCAGCUGCAAGUUCUCUGCUGCACCUAAAGAAGUGCACUGGCUCAAAGGACCAGUGGCUCUGACGGCUUCUGACAAGUACAACCUGAAGCGAGAUGCCACCAGAGCUCAGCUUACGAUCCACAGUUUGACUGAGGAGGACGCUGGAGAGUAUCGCUGCCAGUCUGGGCCGGCAGAAACCAGAGGGACGCUCACCGUCGAAGUGCGUGACAUUCAGUUCACCAAACACCUGGCCGACACAGAGGUGGUGGAGGACAGUGACGCCGUCUUCACCUGUGAGGUCAACUUCGCCGACGAAGAGCUGCAGUGGCUGUUGAACGACAAAGUGCUCUUCACCAACGAGGUCAACUCUAUCAGUCACGACGGCAAAGCUCACAAGCUGACGCUGAAGAACCUGGCACCUCAGGAUGGUGGGGUCAUCACGGCUCAGACCAGGAAGUCCAAGGAGUCCGUCACGCUGAAAGUCAAAGAGAAGCGCGCCGUGUUUCUCAAGUCGCUGGACGACGUGAUCGGGGAGGAGAAGGGGAUGAUCACUCUGGCAUGUGAGGCCUCCAAGCCCAGGGUGGCCCCCGUAUGGAGGAAGGAAGGAAACCUGCUGAAGGCUGGAUCCAAGUACGAGCUCUUGCACACCGGCACAUCGCUGGGGCUGAUUAUCAAGGACGUGACCACAGAGGACGCAGGAGAGUACAGCUGCGAUCUGGGGACGGAGCUCUCUACAUCCAGGGUCACUGUGAGAGAAAUAGGCAUCGGAAUAACCAAGUGGUUGAAGUCCGCCGAGGUGAUUGAAGGAGAAACGUGCAGCUUCGAGUGCAUCUUGUCUCGUGAGAGCACGGAUGAGAGCUGCUGGAGUCUGAACGGUCGAACCGUCAGGGACGGAGGCCGCUUCAAAGUCAGCAGUAAAGGACGCAAGUACAUGCUGGUGAUCCAAGAAGUGACUCCUGCCGACGCUGGCGAGGUGCUGUUCGCCAUCAAAGACCUGACCUCCAGGACAACGCUGGCAGUGGAAGGCCGAGCCUCUUCCGUCUCCAAGGGCCUAGAAAACGUCAGUGCCCUUCUUGGCGAAGCUGCCGUCUUCACCUGCGAAGUCACUCACUCUGCUUCCACUGUGAAGUGGGCCAGGGAUGGUAAAACCAUCAAGAGAGGUCAGAAGUACGACAUCAAGCAAGAGGGGAAGGUCAUGAAACUGGUCAUCUCCAGCGUCUCUCCUGAAGACUCUGGAGAGUACUGUUGCGAGGUCGUGGGUGGAGCGACCACGAGGGCCACGCUGGAGGUCAAAGAACCAAUCCAUAGGUUCACAAAGGAGCUGCAGGACUGUCAGGCAGCAGAAAAGCAAGCCGUGACGCUGCAGUGUGAAACUGCGCUGACUCCGUCCACGUCCAUCUGGCUGAAAGGUCACGCUGAGCUCAAGUCUGGUGGCCGCUAUCAAAUGUCCCAGAAGGGGUCACUGUUGACGCUCACCAUCCGAGACCUGGAGGAGAGAGACACGGAUAUCUACACGUGCGAUGUAGCCACGGCCAAGAGCAUGGCUAAACUGACCGUGAGAGCUUCACCACCAACCUUUAGUCAGAAGCUGCAGAGCCAGGAGGCCGAGGAAGGAGCCAGUGUGACGCUCAGGUGUGAGCUCUCCAAACCUGGUGUCCCAGUGGAGUGGAGGAAGGGAGCGCGGCUCCUGAGCUCUGGAGACCGGGUCCUGCUGAAGCAGGAGGCUCUGGUGAAUCAACUCCAGAUCAGCAAGGCCGUGCCCGAAGACAGCGGAGACUACAGCUGCGUCUGUGGAGACCAGAGGACCACAGCAAGUGUCAAGGUCACAGCCAUGCCAGCGACCUACACGCAGAAGCUCCAGAGCCAGGAGGCCGAGGAAGGAGCCAGUGUGACGCUCAGGUGUGAGCUCUCCAAACCUGGUGUCCCAGUGGAGUGGAGGAAGGGAGCGCAGGUCCUGAGGUCUGGAGACCGGGUCCUGCUGAAGCAGGAGGCUCUGGUGAAUCAACUCCAGAUCUGCAAGGCCGUGCCCGAAGACAGCGGAGACUACAGCUGCGUCUGUGGAGACCAGAGGACCACAGCAAGUGUCAAGGUCACGGCCAUGCCAGCGACCUACACGCAGAAGCUCCAGAGCCAGGAGGCCGAGGAAGGAGCCAGUGUGACGCUCAGGUGUGAGCUCUCCAAACCUGGUGUCCCAGUGGAGUGGAGGAAGGGAGCGCAGGUCCUGAGGUCUGGAGACCGGGUCCUGCUGAAGCAGGAGGCUCUGGUGAAUCAACUCCAGAUCAGCAAGGCCGUGCCCGAAGACAGCGGAGACUACAGCUGCGUCUGUGGAGACCAGAGGACCACAGCAAGCCUCAAAGUGAAAGCCCAGCCAGUGACCUUCAGAGCGAGCCUGCAGAGUCAGGAGGCAGAGGAGGGAAGCAGAGUCCGUCUGAAGUGUCAGACGUCCAAGCCAGGAGUCCCAGUGGAGUGGAGGAAGGGAGCUGUGGUCCUGAGCUCUGGAGACAAGCACCUGAUCACACAGAGCGGCUGCGAGAAUGAGCUGCAAAUCCUGCAGGCUCUGCCUGAAGAUGGUGGCCACUACAGCUGCGUGUGUGGAGACCAGACCACUGCAGCCAGCCUCAGUGUCAAGGCCCAGCCGGCGACCUUCACGCAGAAGCUCCAGAGCCAGGAGGCUGAGGAGGGAGCCAGUGUGACGCUCCGGUGUGAGCUCUCCAAAGCUGGAGUCCCAGUGGAGUGGAGGAAGGGAGCGCGGCUCCUGAGCUCUGGAGACCGGGUCCUGCUGAAGCAGGAGGUGUCUACACAUGAGCUGCAGAUCAUCGAGGCGCGGCCUGAGGACAGUGGGGACUACAGCUGCGUGUGUGGAGACCGGACCACCACAGCAAGUGUCCAGAUCCAGGCUUCACCACCAACAUUUACACGGCGACUGCAGAGCCAGGAGGCCGAGGAAGAUGCCAGUGUGACGCUCAGGUGUGAGCUCUCCAAAGCUGGAGUCCCAGUGGAGUGGAGGAAGGGAGCGCGGCUCCUGAGAUCUGGAGACCGGGUCCUGCUGAAGCAGGAGGCUUCGCUGAAUCAGCUGACCAUCAGCAAAGUGACAGUCGAAGACAGUGGCGACUACAGCUGUGUGUGUGGAGACCAGAAGACCUCAGCAAACGUGACCAUAAGGGCCAAGCCAGUGACCUUCACGCAGAAGCUCCAGAGCCAGGAGGCCGAGGAGGGAGCCAGUGUGACGCUCAGGUGUGAGCUCUCCAAAGCUGGAGUCCCAGUGGAGUGGAGGAAGGGAGCGCAGCUCCUGAGCUCUGGAGGCCGGGUCCUGGUGACCCAGAGAGGCUGUGUGAGUGAACUCCAGAUCUGUGAAGUGGUGCCAGCAGAUGGUGGAGACUACAGCUGCGUGUGUGGGGACCAGAAGACCUCGGCAAGUCUCCGUGUCAAAGCAGUGAGGCAACACUCCCGUGGACAGGCUGCUGCAGUGGCGCUGGUGAAGGAGACGCAGCAGCUGAAAGUUGAAGUUGGUGCGACUGAGGAAGCGCUGACACGAGACGCACAUCGACAGGGCUGGACGAGCGGGACUCCUGGGGGGGAGAGGCCUUCUACGGUUCAUGCUGCUAAACCUGUGUCUCAGAGGCAGGAAGUUAAAGAGACUGUUGUUGAAGCGAGAACCCUGGAGGUCACAAGAGAGGAGGCCAGGAGACCAGAAAUGAAGGAAACAGUCGAAGUUGUCCAGCUGCAAGCCUCUGGACAGACAUCCCAAGUCCAAGUCCAUAAAGAGUCUCGGACUCAGGAGGUCAAGCUUGAAGCCCCGGGACCAUCGCCUGCUGCUGCUUUGCGUCCAACCCUGAGGCAGGGAACCAAAGAAACACACCAAGUGCCGCUUCAGACGUCUCAUCAGCAGCAAAGCCUUAAACAGGAGAGCCAGUCCAGGGCCCAUAAAGUUGAAGUGGUCCCGCUCACAUUCCUGCGUGAGCUGGGAAGCCAGCAGGCUGAGGAGGGCUCCAGUGUGACCCUGCACUGUGAGCUGUCCAAACCCGGACUAACCGUGGAGUGGAAGAAGGGCUCUGAGGUGCUGUGUGGCGGAGAGAAAUACCAGCUGACCCAGAAGGGAUCCACUUAUGAGUUGCUAAUCCUGGAUCUGAGAGCAGAGGAUACAGGGAACUACUCCUGCUCUGCAGAGAGUGUCAGCAGCUCCGCCUCACUCACAGUCCAUGCUUUGCCGGUGGUUUUCACGAAAGACCUCUCGAGCACGUCUGCGGACGAGGGCGGCCGGGCCACCCUCCGGUGUGAGCUCUCCAGGCCUGCUGCCCCUGUGGAGUGGAGGAAAGGAGAGCUGGGCCUCUGUCUGUGCUCCAAGUACGACAUCAGACAGUCGGGGCGUCUGGCUACAUUAGUCAUCACUGACGUGGACAAGGACGAUGCCGGCUGGUACACGUGCGACACCGGUUACCGACAGAGCCGCGCGCAGCUGACGGUGACGGCUCAGCCUGUUCUUUUCAAGUCCAGCCUGGAGCAUGUGAAAAGGCAGGUGGGGGAGACAGCCACUUUCUGCUGUGAGACCACCAAGCCUGGAGCCAGCGUGGUCUGGAGACACGGGGACAGGCUGCUGCAGUCCAGCAGCAAGCACCAGCUGAGGCAGGAAGGAGCGGCUGUGGAGCUGCUCAUCUAUAAGCUGCAGUCCUCUGACGCGGGGGAAUAUUCCUGUGACACCGGCAGCCACACCACCACGGCUACCCUCACUGUCCAGGAGGUUGAGGUGGCCAUCCUGAAGUUCUUGGAGAGCUGUGUGGUGUGUGAAGGAGACGACGUUCACUUCGAGUGCCUGGUGUCACACGAGGACGCGCCGUCAGCCCAGUGGAGGCUGCAGGACGUCCCGCUUCAGAAUAACCAGAUGAAUGUGAUUGAGGCGGAGGGCAGGAGGCACCGCCUCACGCUUCACAGCGUCACCCAGGCUGAUUCGGGUACGGUCACCUUCUCGGUGGGGAGCAACACGUCCACGGCCUCUCUCACCGUCAAAGCUGCGCCGGUGCUAUUCAAGAAGAGCCUGGAAAGUCAGGAGGCGGUUGAAGGGGGCGAAGCCACUCUGUCCUGUGAGACCUCCAGUCCGGACUGCAAGGUGACCUGGUGGAAGGGCUCCAGCCUGAUAUGCCCCGGAGCUAAGUUCUCUGUGGAGCAGCAGGGGACCUGCCACACUCUUGUUGUCCACGCCGUCUCCACGGGCGACGGCGGAGAGUACAGCUGCGACAGCGGGGACCGGAAAAGCUCGGCUGUGGUGACUGUGAAAGAGCGCGUACGCAUCGUGACAGAGCUCUGCGACGUCACCGUGGCCACCGGGCAGGACGCCGUCUUCCAGGUCGAGCUGUCGCAGGCCGACGUGACCACGGGCCAGUGGUGGCUCGCCGAUAAUCUGCUCCAGAAUAAUGAUCUGAAUCAGAUGAGCAGCCACGGUCCAGUGCACCGCUUGGUGCUGAAGAUGGUGACCACGGACGAGUCAGGAGACGUUGCCUUCGUUGUGGGAGAGGAGAAGAGUGUGGCCUGUCUGUUGGUGGAGGAGAAACCUAAAGUGCUAUUUCUGGAAAAGCCUGGUAACGCGCGGGCGCUGGAGGGUGAGAGUGUCACCCUGGCCUGCACCGUGUCCGACCCUAAAGCCACGGUCACUUGGAGCAGAAACAAUAGACCCAUCAAAGCAGGUCUGAAGUUUGACCUCAAGCACAGUGGUGCUAGCCAUCAGCUGCGGAUCCAGGAUCUGGCUCUGGAGGACUCGGGCGUGUACAGGUGUGACACCGGAGACGCUCAGUGCGACGUCACCCUGACCGUGGAAGGUUCCCCGGCGUUCUUCACUAAAGAGCUAAAAAGCCAGGAGGCCGUGGAGGGCGAUGAUGUCGUCCUCCGCUGUGAGCUGUCCAAGCCAGGGGCCCGUGUUGAGUGGAGAAAGGGAGGCAUGGUCCUCCAGCCUGGGAAGAAGUGUAAGAUGUCUCAGGACGGUUGCGUGCGAGAGCUCUCCAUCCAGAACCUGGACCUGGAGGACAGCGGCUACUACACCUGUGACGCGGGGGACCAACUGACGACGGCCUCAUUAGCCGUGCAAGCCAAAGAGGUCUUCAUUGUUUCUGGGCUUAAGUCCGUUGAUGUGUUUGUGGGAGAAGUGGCAAGCUUCUGCUGCCAGCUGUCCAGCUCGCCGGCCGGCCCGGUCCAGUGGUGGCUGGACGGCACCGUGCUUGAGAACGGCGUCUUUAGCCAGCUAGGCCACAGCCAGGGUCACGUCUACACGCUGGCGCUGAGGAACCUGGCCACCCAUGACUCGGGCAGCGUCGUGUUCAACGCCGGCCGCCUGACCUCCACCGCAAAGCUCUUAGUCAAAGAUCCCACAGUUGAAGUGGUGAAUGACAUGAAGGACCUUUGCGUUGGCGAGAACCAAGCGGCGGAGUUCAUCUGCCAGUUCUCACGGCCGGUCAAGGCCACGUGGAAGAAAGACGGUCGGCCGCUGCAGCCGGACGGUCUGAGGGUUGUGGUGGAGCAGGACUGGAAUGUGGCUCGCUUGUUCCUUAGCUGUGUGUCUGCUGCUGACGCAGGCAGAUACUCGUGUGAGGCGCAGGGGACCUGCGUGGUGGCUUCGCUCCAUGUGGAAGCCAAACCCGUCGACAUAGUCCAGGGCUUGGAGAACGCCGAGGCCUUUGACGGAGGCGAGGCUCUGUUCGAGUGCUCGCUCUCUCGCCCAGAGAGCAAAGACUGCGGCUGGUCCAUCGACGGCCAGCCGGUGAGGGAGUCUCCCAACGCUGAGAUCGUGUCGUUCGAGAGCGGCCGCCGUCACCUGCUGCUCCUGAAAGAUCUGAGUAUGAAGGACAGCUGCACCGUGACCUUCAAAGCCGGCGGUGCCUCCACGUCCGCCCAACUCGCUGUGAAGCGCUGGCAGCUGGAUGUGCUGAAGCCUCUGGAGGACACGGUGGCUGCUGUGGGCGACCCGGUGGAGUUCAGCGUGCAGCUGACCGAGCCCGUUCCUGCCGCCGAAGUGGCCUGGUACUCCAACGGAGUUGAGCUGAAGCCCAGCGACCAGUGGUCCAUGAGGGCGGAUGGCGCCUCUUACCAGCUCACCCUGAGGAAGGCGCCGCUUCAGCCCCAGCAGGAGAUCACCUUCGCCGCCAGAGACGCCCUCUCAUUGGCUAAACUCACCACCAUCACUGUCCCAGAUCCUCCAGAAGACCCAGAGGUCCUCGGUAAAACUCACAAGACUGUGACCCUGUCGUGGUUCACGCCGCUGCACGACGGCGGGAGUCCCAUCCUGGGCUACCGUGUGGAGCUGAGGCUGGUGGACAGCGCCCUCUGGCUUCCGUGUCACACGGAGCCCGUCUGCAACACCGAGUUUGUGGUGGAAAACCUGGUCUCGGGCAGCAGCUACAGGUUCAGGGUGGCAGCCAUCAACAGAGCGGGGACCGGGGAACCUGUGGAGCUGCCUCACACUGUGCUGGCUGGUCCAGAGGCGCGUGAGCCGCUAAUUCAGCCGGGGCUGCCUCCUGAAACCGCGGAGGAAGGUGACCUUCAUGACCUGCUGGAGGCCUCAGCCAAGAAGAGGCGCAUGAGUCGAGAGCCGUCCCUGGACUCCAUCUCCGAGCAGCCAGAGGUCGCCGGGAAAGUUGCGUCCAAGGAAGUGGAGGUGAAAACGCCGGCCAAGGAGCAGAGCAAGAGCAGCCUCUUCCCCAGCUCCGAGGACGAGUCUGCACCUGGAGGACCAAGUCUGGUGUCGUACCUGAAGAAGAGCAGCACGGCUGCUGCCACGGUGAGCAGCGAGACCUCAGCCACCGACCGCUUCUUCGCUCACUUCCAGAUGGCCGAGACGAAAACGGCUGCCGUUCGUACUGAAACCAAGCAGGUGGCUGUUGAAGAAGCCGGCGCUCUGGAGAUCAGCAAGGACGAGGAGCCAGAGCUCAGAGAUGCUGCUGUGAAGAUCCAAGCUGCUUUCAAGGGCUACAAGGCUCGGAAGGACAUGCGCCCCGUUUUCAAAGGUGUGUUCAAGGACCAGACCAAGGAGCCCAACGGCACCGUUCACCUGGAAUGUGUGGUGGACGGUCGACCCGAAAAAGUCUCCUGGCUGAAGGAUGGGGAGCCGUUGUCAGACGGCAAGCACCACCACAUCGACAUCUACAACGACGGCACCUGCUCGCUGGUCGUCACCUCGGUCAGCACCAAGGACACCGGCGUCUACACUUGUGAGGUCACAAACAAGUUUGGAGUCACGUCCCACAGCGGGAAAGUGACGGUGGGAACGGUGAGAGACUCCUCCGGCCGCCGACCUCUGACGGUGGGGUACAGCGCCGACAGCGAGCCCGAGAGCUCGUCGGGCAGCGAGAUGGACGAGUCGCUGAGGCAGGCCAGUCGCCGCCUGCGCCGCCUGCUACGCACCCGUCUGCCUCCGGACGUGGAAGAGGAGCCCUUCCUCAGCGCCGACGAGGGAGACAUGCGACCCCCGGACCCCCACUCCUACCGCGAGGACGAGCACUACAUCUACAUUCGCUUCGACACGCGGAGCGAGGCCGAGGUGGCCUCCCAGAGGUUCCAGGAGAUGUUCACGGUGCACGGCGUCCCGGUGGACACCACCAUCAUGGAAGCAGGGCCCCUGAAGGUGGAGCUGCGGAUCAGAAAGAUGGGCUACACCCAAGACGGCACCCAGACGCCCACCCAGGAGCGGCAGCCUGUGUUUCCAGAUCAAGCCCAAGCUGCGCCCGUCUUCCUGACUGAGCUCCAGAGCCAGGACGUGCCCGACGGCUACCCCGUCAGCUUCGACUGCGUGGUCAUCGGCAAGCCGUCUCCCGCCGUCCGCUGGUACAAGGACGGGAAGCUGCUGGAGGAGAGCGACCACUACAUGAUCAAUGAGGACCAGGAAGGCUGCCACCAGCUGAUCAUCACCACGGUGCUGCCGUCCGACAUGGGCGUCUACCGCUGCACGGCUGAGAACAGCAGCGGCCUGGCCGCCACCAGGGCGGAGCUCAGGGUCGACGUGUCCUGCAGCUCCGACUACGACACUGCCGCCGAUGCCACUGAGACCUCGUCCUACAUCAGUGCCAAGGGCUACCUGUCCAGGGAGACGGAGACCUUCGAGUCCGUGGCUGAAGAUGACCAGCUGCCACAAGUGGUGGAGGAGCUCCGUGACGUCCAUGCCAGUCCUGGCUCUCCCAUGGCUAAGAUGCAGCUCCGAGUGAAAGGGUUCCCCAAGCCAAGAGUCUACUGGUUCAAGGAUGGCGUCCCGCUGCGGCCGUCACAGAGGCUGCAGCUCCUGGCCAAGCAGGACGCUCACGGCCUGGAGAUACUGCAGGUGACGAAGGAGGACAUGGGCGAGUACUCGGCCUACAUCAGCAACUCGGCGGGUUCUGCUUACUCCUCAGCUCGACUCAUCGUUCUACAUCCUGGAGAACGGAUGCCGCAGGACCAGAGAGACUCCAAGGUUCCUCUGGUGCCUCCUCGCUUCCUGGAGAGAUUCAGCAACAGGAAGGUCAAACAAGGAGCCAGCAUCACCCUGUCUGUGAAAGUGGAAGGUUCUCCCGCUCCCAUGGUGUCCUGGCUGAAGGAGGAGUCCUUGGAGGACGUGCUGUGGAUCAAGGCCGACACCAAGGGCUACAAAAUGGCCAGCUCCGGACGCCAGCACAGCCUGAUCCUGAUGGACGUGGGAGCCCAGUACAGCGGCGCUUACACCUGCAUCGCCACCAACAGAGCCGGCCAGUCCAUCUGCACCGCCCACCUGGAGGUCGACGCCCCUGUGAAGAGCGAGACGCCGCCGUGCGAAGUCCUCGGCAUCACGGUCAGUCCCCCGGAAGAGGAGGUCAAAGGUGGCGUCGAGGGCCGGGUGCCGUACCUGGGAGAGGUGGGCUCCCAGGAGUUCCUCAUGAAGCUGACCUCCCAGAUCACUGAGAUGGUGUCGGCCAAGAUCACGCAGGACAGCACACAGAAUCAGCACGUGCUCCAGUGGAUGAAAUCUUGGCCCGGAAACAGCACUUCUCUCCGCGUGCCGGGCGUGGACAGCGACGACGAGACCAAGACGCCGUCGCCGUCGCCUCACCACGGUCGCUCUCGGCCGCCGUCCCUCAUGGCCGACUCGUCCUCCGAGUCUGACGAAGGAGACGCCAGGGGAGAGAUGUUUGACAUCUACGUGGCCACGGCGGACUACAACCCCACCGUCGCGACCAAGGAGUCCAUCUCCCUCAAGGAGGGUCAGUACGUGGAGGUGCUAGACUCGGCUCACCCGCUCAAGUGGUUAGUCCGGACCAAGCCCACCAAGACCACCCCGUCUCGGCAGGGCUGGGUGUCGCCUGCCUACCUGGACAAGAAGCUGAAGCUCUCGGCCGACGCUGGGGAGCUUCCUGAGACCAGCUCCGAGGAGGUUUCUGAGGCGGAGUACAAGAAGAAGCUGCUCCAGCUGAUCCAGGACCUGGUUAGCAGCGAGUCAGAGUUCGUCCAAGAGGUGGACUUCUUCACCAGUCACCACCAGAAGCACGCGGAGGCCGCCGACGCUCCGCCGGAGGUGGCCGGCGCCAAGGAGGCCAUAUUCCGGAACCUGGACGACAUCAGGACCUUCCACAGCCGGUCCUUCCUCCCCAAACUGACCGAGUGCGACACGGACGACGACGUGGCCAUGUGCUUCCUGAAGAACAAGGACGGCUUCGAGAAGUACCUGCAGUACCUGGUGGGUCAGAGCCGAGCCGAGUCGGCGCUCAGCGACAAGAGCGUCCACCUCUUCUUCAAGGAGUGCACGGAGAGGGAGCGGGACCCCGCCGAGCCCCCGCCGCGGAGCGCAGGCUCCUACAUCCAGCAGCCGCUGGAGAGGCUGCAGAAGUACAAGGCUGUGAUCAAGGAGCUCAUCCGGAACAAAGCCAGGAACGGCCAGAACUGCUGCCUGCUGGAGGAGGCCUUCGCCAUGGUGUCGGCGCUGCCGCAGCGCUCCGAGAACUCGCACCACGUCUCCAUGAUCCAGAACUACCCCGCCACCCUGGAGGCGCUGGGGGAGCCCAUCAGACAGGGGCCCUUCCAAGUGUGGGAGGGCGCGCCAGGCCUGCGGACCUCCUCCAGGGGGCACCACCGCCACGUCUUCCUCUUCAGGAGCUACUGCAUCAUCUGCAAGUCCAAGCGGGACAGCAGCACCGACACGCAGAGCUACGUCUUCAAGAACAUGAUGAAGCUCAACAACAUCGACGUGAACGAGAGCGUGGAGGGCGACGACCGCGCCUUCGAGAUCUGGCAUGAGCGGGAGGACUCGGUGAGGAAGUACACCCUGCAGGCGCGGACCCUCACUGUCAAGAACUCCUGGCUGCGGGACCUGCGGGAGCUGCAGCAGAGAUCCAGCAUGCCGGCGUGGAGUCCCCCGGACUUUGACGAAAUCCUGGCCAACUGCACCGCCGAGCUGGGUCAGACCGUCAAGCUGGCCUGCAAGGUCACCGGGGUCCCCAAACCUGGGGUCACCUGGUACAAAGAUGGACGGGCCGUGCACGCUGACCCCCACCACAUCAUCAUCGAGGACCCCGACGGGUCCUGCACUCUCAUCCUGGACAACAUGUCGGCCGACGACUCGGGUCAGUACAUGUGCUUCGCCACCAGCUCCGCCGGCAACGCCAGCACGCUGGGGAAGAUCACCGUGCAGGUUCCUCCACGUUUCGUCAACAAGAUGAGGAACUGCGUGUUGGUGUCGGGCGAGGACGCCCAGUUCACCUGCGUGAUCCAGAGCGCCCCGACUCCCAAAGUCAGGUGGUUCAAGGAGGGUCGGCUGCUGACCGACCAGGAGAAGUUCCAGAGCUACAGCGAGCCGCGCAGCGGCGUGCUGCUGCUGCUGAUCAGGAGCCCCACGGAGAGGGACCUGGGCCGCUACGAGUGCGAGCUCUCCAACCGGCUGGGCAGCUGCAGGUGUGGGGCCGAGCUGCUCCUGCCGGCGGCCGGCGAGCAGGCGCUGACUGUGGAAGUGACCGAGCAAGAAACCAAGGUGCCACGCAAGACCAUCGUCAUCGAGGAGGUCAUCACCACCGUGGUGAAGAACCCUCGCAUGAGGAGACACCGCUCGCCCGCUCUGGCCGUACCCGCCGCCUCAGAGGCGUCCAGGCAGCGCCGGGUGCCCACCCCCCGGAAGAGCGUCCUCCCCGCCCUCUGUGUCACCCAGCCCCAGGGCGCCGAGCCCAGCUGGGUGGAGGUGGAGGAGGUCAUCGAGUACAAGGUCAACAGGUCGCCUCGGCCGUCCAGGAGAAGGGGGGUGUCGCCGGCGGGCUCGGACCGCGGGGCACCCGCCGCCAGACCCAGGAGGUCUCCCCCAGAGAACCCCAACACCAACAACUCCAACAACAAGCAGGUGGAGGAGCGUGAGCCCGGCAGCCCCGCGCCCACAGGGGGGGGGGCCACCGAGCAGCAGCACGCCCAGCUCCUCCAGCCGGGCCCCGGGCCGCGGCCCAGCGAGGAGGAUCCGGUUCUGACUCUGGAGGACCUGGAGGACUACGUGCCCGAGGAGGCCCAGGACCCGCCGGAGCACAGGCCCAGCCAGGUCUCGGUGCUGCAGAGGGAGGUGGGCGGCUCGGCCGUGGGCCGGCCGGUUCUGCUGAACGUGGGUCGGCCCGCGGCCGGCUUUUUCGGCCGCGUCAGAGACGGCCUGCUGGGCGCCCCCUGCAGGACGGAGCGGCGCGUGCAGGUGAGCCAGGCCCAGCUGCAGGUGCGGCCGUCCUACUGCUGCGAGGUGCAGCGCGAGGAGGGCGGCCAGCGCAGCUUCCGCACCCGCCUCUCCACGCAGACCUCGGGCUGCACGCCGCCGGGCGAGGCCGUCACGCUGCAGAUCAGCCGCUUCCACCAGCAGUAGCAAGAGAAGAGGAGGAGCGCGGCAUCCGGUCACAGCGCGCGCGUCUGUCAAACAUUAGAAGCUAGCGACUUGUCUUUGCUGUGAUUAGCGCGGAGGUGUUAGCAACGCGGCUAACUGGACUGUGAGCCCACGUCGGUCGCACCCGUGUGUCGCCGCCAGUGGAGAUGAGGCUGGAGCAGAGCCUUCUCUGCAGCGCCCUCCGGUGGCUGCGCCGGGCCUGACCCUCCUCCGGCCGGUUGGCUCCUUGUGAUUUGGAUCUUCAUGAAGAGAUGUGACGCUGCCCUCCAGGUGACCUCCGGGUGUGAAGCAUGUUCAUUGGUGUGAAGCAAAACACGUGCCGAAGAGACUCGAGUGCCGAGCGUCACGAGGCCGCGUGAACGUGCUGUCGCUGAACUGCAGUGAAUAAAUGUCUGUGUCCACGACGCUGGUCUGUGACUCUCUGUCUGUGUGUGUGUGUGUGUGUGUGUGUGACUCUCUGUGUGACUCUCUGUGUGUCGCUGUGUGUCGCUG